AUGGCGGCGCCGGAGGUGCUGGCGUCGGACCUGCCGAGCGCCGUGACACUCCUGCAAAACCUCCGGGAGCAGGUGGUGGCUGUAACUGCACAGGUGCAAGCGCUCACCAAAAAAGUUCAAGCCGGAGCCUAUCCUACAGAGAAGGGUCUCAGCUUCUUGGAGGUGAAGGACCAGAUGCUGCUCAUGUACCUGAUGGACUUGAGCCACCUCCUCCUGGACAAAGCCUCAGGAGGGUCUCUGCAGGGCCACGCAGCGGUGUGGAGGCUGGUGGAGAUGCGCACGGUUUUGGAAAAGAUUCGUCCCUUGGACCAGAAACUGAAGUAUCAGAUUGACAAACUGGUCAAGACGGCAGUGACGGGCAGCCUGGGUGAGAAUGACCCACUUCGCUUUAAGCCUCAUCCCAGCAAUAUGAUGAGCAAGUUGAGCUCCGAGGAUGAGGAAGAAGAUGAAGCAGAGCCGGGCCAGUCUGAGGCCUCAGGGACGAAAUCUGUGAAAGGAGCAUCUAAGAAAUAUGUCCCACCGCGCUUGGUUCCAGUGCAUUAUGAUGAAACAGAAGCUGAGCGGGAGAAGAAGCGUCUGGAACGAGCCAAGAAGCGGGCAUUGAGCAGCUCUGUCAUCCGGGAGCUUAAGGAGCAGUACUCCGAUGCCCCAGAGGAAAUCCGAGACGCCCGGCACCCUCAUGUCACUCGCCAGAGUCAGGAGGACCAACACAGGGUCAACUAUGAGGAGAGCAUGAUGGUGCGGCUGAGUGUCAGCAAGCGAGAGAAGGGGCGGCGAAAGCGGGCCGACGUCAUGAGCUCGCAGCUUCACUCCCUCACGCACUUCAGCGACAUCAGUGCUCUGACCGGGGGAGCCCCUCAUCUUGAGGACCAGAACCCUAUUAAGAAGCGGAAGAAGCUGCCCAAAAAAGGUCGGAAGAAAAGAGGUGUGCGGAGGCGGCGGUGAUGUGAGUGUACGUGUUUCUGUAUGUCUUGGCAUCCUGGGACCCUCCUAAUUUCACUGUAUGUAGGUCUUUGUUCUUGGAAUUCGUUUCUUGUUUGGACAUGUGGCGAGAGCUUUGUUAAUAAAAUUGAUUACUGACCAA